AUGGGUCUCGCAUCUCAAACCCCUCUCCGCCGCGUGGUUACACACCACAAAGGCACCAAGUCAGCUGUCCUCAUCGACGACGAGCUCCGGCCAUUUCCAGGCUUCGGUAGCAAUGCCAUAACUGUCUGGCAAAAUGCCCAAUAUCCCGCCGAGCUGGUCAACCAAGAUCCAACGGGAUCCCCAGUCAUCUAUACCCGCGGAUCCUUGAUUCGAGUCGUGGAUUUUCCUCCAAACUCUCAAGGGCACAACCACGGAACUGCGUCACUGGACUACGGUAUCGUGUUUGACGGAGAGCUGGAAUUGGUUCUCCAAGAUGGCUCACGAACCAUUGUUCGCGCUGGGGAUAUCGUCGUUCAACAAGCUACUAUCCAUCAGUGGAACAACUUGACUGACAAGCACGCGCGUGUCGUCUUUUCUCUUAUUCCUUCUCAGAAAAAGACGGUGGACGACGUGGGUGUAAAAGAUGAGGGAGUGCCAGAGGAAUAUCUUCCUCAUGAUCGAUAG